AGAAAGAACGAAAGUCACUCAUUAGUUGGGUUGGGAAAAAGUUGAAAAGUUUCAAUAAAGAUGCAGAAAAGAGGAAAAAGACAAGCCCCAUUUUCAUACUAACUGAGCAAAAUCCAAAGUUAAAGAAGUCAUGUAUACAUAGUAAACUAUGGAUACAAAUUAUGUAGCUUUCCUCCAUAACAUCUCAUCUUGGGCAAACUACAAAAUACUGCUCUUUUACAUGCUAGUAAAAUAUAAUCAGGUUCUAGAAAUUUUAAGAAUUUUAUGACUGGUUAUAACUGUUAUCAAUCAUAAGAAACAAAUAGCUGGUUACAUGACACUCCUUGAGGGAUGGAUUUAUGAGCACUUUCGUGGAUUCCGACCACACUUGAAUAUGAAUUAUACUCGAGACAUGCCACAUGUUUACCGUUGGAUUUCUCGGAGAGAGUCUGGUGAAGAGACACAGUUGCAGGCUUUUCGAGAGGAGCUUGAUAGGUUGGGUAUACAUGAUAUAAGUUGAAAAGUCCUUCAAAAUUUGAAACUCUAUAUCAUACAAAAUUUACAGUUGUCAUAUCUUACAAUUGUUAUUGUUUGUUGGUUAUUUGGGAUCCGUACCAGAGUUGCAAAGAUGUCCAUCCAUGUCAUCCAGUUACGUUCUACCACGGUUGCCUAAAGUGUUUGGAAGUAGUUGAAUCAUAUCACCCUGAUAGAGUGUUGAGACAGUUUGGCAGAGUGCAGACAAUCCCUAAUCCACCACUUGGCCCUAUGCGUGUUUCUCGAGGAGCCACAGCUCCAAUGUUAUGUAUGCAUACUUGGACAUCAUUUGGGAGGCAUGGGACAACCAUGUGUUAUCUGAUCGGAGGAGGAGUACACCGGUACGGAAACCUUGGGAUUGUGUUCCUGGUUACAUGAAUUGGUACCAGACCAUUACCUAUAUGUAUGUACAAAACCCAGCGCGUCGUUCUGAAGUGGACCCAAAUAUCCAUCAUUAUCAGUAUCCUAGCCAAGACGCACAGCGUAUGUCACAGAUAUAUCAGAUUACUCAUCCUUUCGUUGAGGCUGGCUAUGAGGACAAUGUUCAACAUCCUGAUAGGCUUUACUACGCAAUUGAUGCAAUCGAACAACUUCUUCAAGAUCAGCACAUUAGUGAAGCUACGCCCAGCACAUCCACUCAAGGUCAUUCUGCACCCAGCUCUUCCAAUGCACAUCGUUUUGGAGCACAUUACACUUGUCGGUCACGUAGUUAAUAGUAGUUCAUAAUGUUAGCACAAGUAGUUUCUGAUGGUGUUGGUGGAUGUAUAAGGAGACAAAUAUUAUUAUUAUCUUUGGAUUAUGUAUUUUUUGGAUUAUGUACAAACACACAUGUAGUUUGUGAUGGUGUGGAUGGAUUAAACUACUAUUUAGUAUAUAUAUAUAU